UGGGUAAAGCGACAGGACAAUGGCCGGGUAUACUUUGUCAACCACAACACCCGCACCACUCAGUGGGAAGACCCCCGGACCCAAGGGAUGAUACAGGAGCCUCCCCUCCCCCCUGGCUGGGAGAUGAAAUACACCAAUGAAGGGGUCCGCUAUUUUGUCGACCACAACUCUCGCACCACCACCUUUAAAGACCCACGACCUGGAUUUGAUUCAGGUUCGAAGCAAGGAGGGUCUCCUGGAGCAUACGACCGGAGCUUCAGAUGGAAAUAUCACCAGUUCCGCUUCCUCUGUCAUUCCAAUGCCUUGCCCAGCCAUGUGAAAAUCAGUGUCUCCCGGCAGACCCUGUUUGAAGACUCCUUCCAGCAGAUCAUGAACAUGAAGCCAUAUGACUUGCGCCGGAGAUUAUAUAUCAUAAUGCGUGGAGAAGAAGGGCUGGACUAUGGAGGUAUUGCUAGAGAGUGGUUUUUCCUGCUGUCCCAUGAGGUGCUGAACCCCAUGUAUUGUCUGUUCGAGUAUGCGGGCAAAAACAACUACUGCCUGCAGAUCAACCCUGCCUCCUCCAUCAACCCCGACCACCUCACCUACUUCCGGUUCAUCGGCCGUUUCAUCGCAAUGGCACUGUAUCAUGGCAAAUUCAUCGACACAGGCUUUACUCUGCCCUUCUACAAGCGCAUGCUAAAUAAAAAGCCCACCCUGAAGGACCUGGAGUCUAUUGACCCCGAGUUCCACAACUCCAUCAUGUGGGUGAAGGAGAACAAUCUGGAGGAAUGUGGAGUAGAGCUGUACUUUGCUCAGGACAUGGAGAUUCUGGGAAAGGUGUCAACUCACGAGUUGAAGACUGAUGGCGAAAAUGAGCUUGUGACAGAAGACAACAAGGAAGAGUAUAUUAGGCUGCUGACAGACUGGCGCUUCACCAGAGGGGUAGAGGAGCAGACCAAGGCCUUCCUGGAUGGCUUCAAUGAGGUGGUGCCCCUGGAGUGGCUCCGAUACUUUGACGAGAAGGAACUCGAGCUGAUGCUCUGUGGGAUGCAGGAGAUUGACCUGACUGACUGGCAGAAGAACACCAUAUACCGACAUUAUACCAAAAACAGCAAGCAGAUCCAGUGGUUUUGGCAGGUUGUCAAGGAGAUGGACAAUGAAAAGAGGAUCCGCCUGCUGCAGUUUGUCACUGGAACCUGUCGACUUCCUGUGGGGGGCUUCUCGGAGCUCAUUGGAAGUAAUGGACCCCAGAAGUUCUGUAUUGACAAAGUGGGCAAAGAGACCUGGUUACCAAGAAGCCACACAUGCUUUAAUCGCCUGGAUCUGCCUCCCUACAAGAGCUUCGAGCAGCUGAAGGAGAAGCUGCUGUUUGCCAUUGAGGAGACUGAGGGCUUCGGGCAGGAGUGAGCAGGAGAUGACACAGAAGCCUGCAGGAGGAGUGGUUUCACCACAGCCCCUGUUCUGCGGGGAUGGAUGGUAUUCCGGGGCCAUGGAAUGACACCAUAUUAAUGAUCAAUGCACCAAGCAGCAACCCACAGCCUAAAGAUACCAGAGAUCCACAGCUGUUGGUCCAACACUGUAAUCCCUGACCAAACUGAGUUGUUGUUAAGCAAAUCUAAAGACGGAGCUGAAUCUGUUCAUUAUUUUUUUAAAUCGGUGAUAAUUAUAUUUCAUACCCUUCAGUGCUAUCAAAAGACAUAUGCUGCUCUGUAAAUAGGGAGCUUGUGUCUCUUUUUCCAUUGCCUUCUUGCCAGUUCACAUGAAAUGCACUGCACUCUAAUGAGGAUUUUUGGAGAUUCUGUGCCAAGGAUAGCCCCCCUUGGCCGUGCCAUUUCCCUUUAGAAAAUUAAGGGAAGCUUGAGCAUUAGUACUUGAUGAAGCACAUCGACCUACAACAUGACCAAGCAGCGAGACAUCAGCAGAGUGUCACCAGAGUUCAGUUCUGCUCUGUCUCACUCACUGACUGCAGGCCAGAGCUGACAUUAGCAUUGCUGAGUUUCCUGAUGUCUCUUAAGUGACCAUGUAUAAGCCUCUCAGUUUUGAUCAAACUACACUUGUGCAGUUUUUCCAGACAGGGGCAUUGGAGUUAUUUGUAAGUCUUUCAAAAUUGGGACCCAGUGCUUCUUUUGCAGAACUGGAAAAGGGUGUGGAAACAGACUAUUGUUUCCGAUUAAAUAUCUUUUGGGCCUUUAACUUUGCCCAAAACCUUUAACAGAUUUCUCCCAAAUGUUGACACUCUGUCGUGCAGAAGUUAAAACGAUCAGAUGCAUCAGGUUUUAUUUUCCACUGAAAUUGAAUAAUGAAAUUAAACUUGGCUGGGCUCAGUUCACUCUCUCGUC